AUUUAGUGAACGGUGUGAAACCGUAUAAACCGCGGCUCAUACCGUAAUACAGUCGAGGGCAUGACAUCAAGAGUUAUAACCAGUUUGUAACGGACCGGGUUCACCAGACACGGUUUUUAGGUAGGCAGGCAGACGGGUACGGCCUAAACACGCGCCUCGUACCCGCCGACGCCGUCCCGUUCAUGGUACUGAGCCGGCGAGCAAUAAUAAUAUUAUAAUACAGCCACGACCGUACGCAGUCGCUUCACCGUCAGUCCGACGACCGGACGCGCGGGUUUUCAUCAUCCGAAGACGGGUGGACCGAUUCGUGUUUUUUUUUUAAUGAUAUAUUAUUAUAGUGCGGCGCGUGACAAUUCACUGCCAUCUCCAAACCGCGGUCUGCGCGGGUCACGAUCGCCGCAUUCUUCGCGUCGUCCUUCUCCCGCUCCGGGCCCUACUGCUGUGACUGGCGGAAUCCCACACAACGGAGGCUGCAGGUGCAGUGUACCCAUAUAACAACAUUUCGUAGUGCAUUUAAAGGCGCGAAACAACUACACGAGCGCCGCGAUGAACGGAGACGCGAACAACGGCGGCGGGCAGGCCGACCGUCUGGUCCCUGCGAAACAGCCGGACAGCGGCCCGGAAAACAAGGAACCGCUGUACCGGAUGGUGCUGCGGAACAUGACGGUCGAGCCCAUGCUGUUCCCGUACCUGAUCGCGUCCAUACUGGUCAUACUGGCCAACCAGAACCUGAACAUACAGAAGGCGUGCCGGGUGGAACUGAAACUGGGCACGGACGUGUGCAACGACCUGGAGAACAAGGACAAGAACAGCACCGAGCUGACGGACAGCGAGAUCGCCGUGCAGAAGCUGGUGGCCGACAUGCUCAUCUGGCAGACGAUACUGCAGAGCAGCUUGCCCGCCGUGUUCGUGCUGUUCCUGGGCUCGUGGAGCGACCGGAACAGGCUGCGGCGGCCGUGCAUGCUGUUGCCCGUCUACGGCGAGAUCGUCCGCAACUUGGGCCUGCUCGUGUGCGUCUACUACUUCGACCAGGUGCCGAUGGACGCCACCGGCCUGUGGCAGUCGCUGCCGAUCGCCGUCACCGGUUACUGGACGGUCAUGUACAUGGCGGUGUUCUCGUACGUGGGCGACCACAGCACGGAUCAAAAUAAAACCUUAAAAGUUGGUCUAGUCAACGCAACAAUGGCCUUAUGCCUCCCUAUCGGUACUGGCUUAUCCGGUAUAUUAUAUCGUGUACUCGGAUUCACCGGAGUAUACAUCAUAGCUCUGGUGCUCUGUUGCAUCAGUAUUUGGAUGGCUCACAUUUUCGUUCACGAUACAAAACAGAUUACAUUUGACUCGGGUAAGAAACAAAAAAGCUCUUAUUGGGCUCGUAUCAAGUUCUUUUUCAGCAUAAUUCACAUAGUUGAGGCGUUCAGAAUUACAUUCAAAAAGGAAAAAAACAAUAGAAGAAUGAAAGUUAUUGCUCUGACGUUGCUCAUAACUGGGAUCAUGGGUCCAUUACAAGGUGACAAAGGAGUUGCGUAUUUGUUUACUCGGGUCAAGUUUAAUUGGAACGAAGUACAAUUCAGCGUGUACUCGACCACUACGAUGUGCAUCAAUCUUGUGGGAACAUUUGUGACUCUCGGGGUUGUGGUCAGAAAGUUCGGCGUUGACGAUGCGUUGAUCGGUACUGUGGCUACUACUGGAAAAUUAAUAUCGCAAUUCGUAUUUGCAUCCGCCGCUACUACAGUAGUUUUCUAUUCAGGGGCGCUUGUGAACUGCUUACAAGGACCGGCCAUCAUUUCCAUGAAAUCGAUCAUAAACAAAAUUAUUCCGGCCGAAGAACUCGGCCAAGUCAGCGCAGUCACGGGUAUUGGAGAAAACGUUAUACCCAUUUUUUGUGGCCCGUUGUAUAGUUACGUGUAUGAAUCCACAGUGGGUUUCUUCCCCAGCGCUUACUUCUUGGUUACUGCGGCCAUAACGGUCCCGACUAUUUUCCUCUAUCUAUGGCUCUAUUUGCAGCACAGAAAGGAAGCCAAAGAAUCGUACGAACAAUUACCCGACACUGACGUUUUGAAAGAUUCGAACGGCGUUGUUACUAAGUAUGGCGCAAUAAAACCGUAACAGAUGAUUGUAUUAUUUAUUAAUUGGAUGAAGGGUGUUACGAGUUAUUAGCUAUUAUAUAUGAACUUACCUACCAGCCUCAUACCUGAUAUUCGUCUAGGCAACAGGGCUGUUUUCUCAUUCCACUCGUAUAACUCAACAAAAGUUCCUAUCAAUCUGUUGACAACAUAGUAAACAUGUAUAACAUCACAUACAAUAUAGCUAUACUCAUAAUAUAAGUGUCAAGACUUGUUAUUAUAUAAUAUUGUAAGCUAAUCGUGUAGAUUUGGUUAAAUAUUAAAAAUAAAUGUUGAGCGUUUGCAACA